CAGUUAUAAACGUUGUAUACCCUGAAACUUGAUGUCAGACUCAAAACAUACAAAUUGUAGUCAGAUUUCAAGUUUGAGUUACCCUGGACGUAUACAGAUUAAGAGAGAGGAAACUAGUAAGCAAACACCUAACAUAAUUAAAUGCUCAAGUAGAACUUUACUUAAUCCAAAAGAAAUAAGAGAAAAAUCUGAACAAAAACGAGAUGUCGAUGUAAUUACACAUACUACUGAAACUAGUGCUAUAAACUCAGAUGCUGUAGAAUCUAAAAUGCAAACUUUUAGUCUUCCUAAAAUCUCUCAAGGAAAACUUACCACAUUCGAAGAAACUAACACUAGUGAAAUGACUGAGGCUAUGUCCGAAUCACAGAAAGCAAGAACAAGUAAAAUUGAAGCGCAAGAAAUUGUUCACCCUUGCUAUAUAUUAAAUUUCGAACACAAAUUUCUAACUAACGGUCUUGCUGUAGCUUAUGAUAAAGCAACAUCAACAACAAGAAUCUUAGGAUUCGGUCGUGGACAACACAAUUCUACUACUAACUAAACUGAAUCUGAGUUUGAAUCCGUUUUUACUGUUAAACCUUUAACACGUGGUUAUAAGUUUGAAAUAGUUGCCAUCUCUAAACAAGAAUGUAAAACUAAAUCUAUUUGUUCUUCGUCUAAAAAUUCAACAGUUGCUACUAUUACUAGUCCGAGUAAAGCUGACUGUAAAAAAGAAAAGUUCCGCCUCUUCCAGUCACAUCCAGCUCAAAAAUCAAAAGUUGAUAAGUCUUCCAGUUGUACUUGGAGCAUUGUCAGGUCACAGACACGAAGCAUCUAGCAGGUCGAAAUUGGAUGAUGAAAAAGAAACAUCUACAACUCCAUCAUAAUCUAUACAAAAAUAAGAACAUCACCUUCAAGUCUAUUCCAGUCUGUACAGAAAAUAGAAACGUUUCACAGCACUCCAAGAACAUCUGAAAUCACAAUAAAACUCUUUCACUUUUCCUAGCUCAAAAAAAGAAAGUUCAACGUGCAGUCGAAAAUUUGGCGAAUUUCUCUAAGCUGCCGUAAUGGCAGUUCCUGAUAUAAAUAUACAAAACUUGGGUAUUUACAGAACUUCGUCCUAAAAUAAGCAAAGAAGUUGCAUCAGAAUCAUGAGAAACUAAAACUGAAAAUGAAGCUAGACCUAUAAGAAUGAAGACCUGGAAAAAGUGAAUAAAUGGAAGAGAUUUUGCCUACAAGUAGCGUAGAAAAAGUUUAUACUUGAGAAUUAACAUAUUCCAAAUCUUGUGAAUUUGCCAUAUUCAUUUUAAAGAAUUUUAAAGAAAACUGAUUGGGAUGAAAUUAAAUAUGAACUUAACGAACUGAAGAAGUUGAAUGCUUUUACUCUUGUUACUUAUAUCUUAAUGUCUUUUAACGGUCUUAAUGUGAAUGUUUUAAUAUUGUUUGAUAAUUACAAAAAGUUUUUACAUUUGUCAAUUAUUAUAAUCUAAGCAGUUGUAUUUCUUUGCUUUUGUAAAAGUGAUUUUACGUGUUUCAUAAAACACCUCUACAUUGAAUUAAAAUACGAAGAAAGGAAAGAACAAA